UCAGUUUCACAAUGUCCUCCUCUUUAGUUAUGCCUCUUUUACCGUCCCCGGUCUAGCCAGUUAAACUCCAUUCUGCCUCUGCCUCAAUUUGGUGGAGCUCCACCUUCAUCAGACUUGUACAAGAACAUAUUUACUGAAAACAUCAUACAAAACUUUACUAUUAGUUGGGACUGUAAAGCUUCUGAAAGGAAGUGUGGCAUGUGGCUUAAGGUUUAGACUUCUUGUCUGACUGAGGAGCUGAGAUGCUACUCACAUUCAAAGUGAGCAUCCUGAUACUGAGCCUGACUCUGGUCCUGUUGGGCGCCACCUGCCAAGCCUCUUCUCUGGGACUGACGGUCCACGUUGUGCCCCUGGAGAUCGAUGGAGGGAAUACGGUGCAGGCUCAUUUCAGUGUCAUCGCUCCCCUUCCUUGUCCAGCUCUGUCUGCACUGUGUGCUGAGGGGGAGGACUGUCUGGUCCACCCUACCUCAUCACCUUUCAACGGCACUAAGCCCAACCCUGGCUGGUGUGUCCGCCAGUGGCAGAAAACUGUCCCCAAUAAUUACAACGCCACCAUAACUUUAGGGUUCAACACAGAAUUUUAUGUGUCAAUGAAAGCAGGACCACACCUCAGGGCAAACAGUGGGAGACUCAACCAACCUGCUUUUGUUGCUCUCCCUCCUCCACUAAGGGCCCGUGUGAACUGCCCUCACAACUUCCGUUUGUCAGUCAAAGACCUGGAUGGUGACAGGGUAAGAUGUCGCUUUGCCCAGCCCGAUCAGGGAGAGUGUCUCAACUGCAAUCAGCACUCUUUCAUAGAGCUGGACAAGGAGAAAUGCAUGUUGUCUUUCACUGGAAAAGCACCGGCAGGACAGUAUUUCAUCUACCUGAUGGCGGAGGACCUGAUUCCCAUGCCCAAAAUGAGCCACGUCACAGACAACAAACCCCUUAGCUCUGUCCCUGUGCACCUCUCUCUCACUGUGGAGGAGUCGGCUUCCAGCUGCAGUGAUGAACCUGUGGCAACAGGUGAGACCCCCAAAGGGGACUCCAUGCUGUUUGUCCUGCCGUACCAGGAGGUGCGAUUCACCACCAACUUUGUUUCACAGCUGGAGAGUGUUUCAGAAGUAGCAGUGGUUGGUCCCCCUGGACUCUUCAGGUUUGGUUUUAAUUCACUUGGCCCUCUGGCAACCAUGACCAUGGCCUGGGUCCGCUCCGAAAACAGUCUGACCCGCCUUUUGCCCAUCUGCUUCGCUGUGAAUACCAUGAGUUUGCAGUCAGAGCCCAGAUGCGUGUGGCUGUACCAAAGGGAGAUGAAGAAACUACCUGCAGGAACAGUGCUGACGUGUGAGAAGACAGAAAUGACUCUGGUGCUCCCUGUCACGUCCCUGAGCAACAUCAACCUGGCCGAGCUGCAGCUCAACAGCCCCACCUGUCCCGUCACCUACAACAACACCCACCUGACGGCACGCGUCUCCUUGACUGGCUGCGGCACCAAGACUGUGAGCUCUGGUUCAGAGCUGGUUUACACCAACACCUUGCAAAGUGUGCGUCCCUACACCAUGGUCAGCCGCCGGCCCUCCCUUGUCCUCCCUCUGGCCUGCCGGAUCCCUGGAGCCCAGGUCAAGGGGCCGCAUUUCGAGGUCAGCAUGCCCACAGAGAAGGAGACCUUUGGUGAGUUCAGGAUUUGGAUAGGAAUUUACUUACCAGGAGAGGGGCCCCUGGGACAAUACACAAGAACGCCCAAGUUGCGCUCCCUCCAGCAGCUAGAAGGACGACUGCGUCGAGAAGCAGAGUCAGCGAGCAUCUCCACUACUACCAGCACUUUAUCUAGAGGAGCUAUUGGGUCCAGGAUUGAGAUGCUGGACCUCCAGGUGUUGUCCAACUGCAGCGUUGCUUAUGCACAGAUGAUAGUGAGCAGUUGUAUUGAGUCUGGGACGGAAGACUUUGCAGAAUCCUACCCACUUCUGAAGCAAGGGUGUACAACUUCCAACAGCACAUUAGAGGUUCUUACAGACCAAAACAGUGUCAAGGUUUACCGCCUUGAUUUGAGCUCCUUGAAAGUCAAUGGAUCUACGAUGUAUGUCCAGUGCACAGUAAAUCUGUGCGUUGCCACCAUGCCCUCUCUGACAUGCCCUAAUCUGUGUAGCAGCUCCGUCAGUCAAAUACCAUCACUGGUUGGCAGUGUGUUUACGAGAUCCUACACCGUUCGCUCAGGACCCGUCAGCACCGUUGUCACCGCUCCUGCACCGACCACUACUGCACCGACAACUACAACUAUUACUACUACUACUGCUGCUACUACUACUACAGCUACUACUACUACUACUACUGUUGCUGUUCCACAUACCACAGCUGCCCAGAGCACCACUACCUCACAUGCUCCAGAACAGGCCUCAGCAGGAGUGAUUUUGACGAUCAUUAUAUUUCUUCAAAACAUUGUUCUUUACUGAACAUACUGCUGGAUGAUGAUCUGUCAUAAUAUAAAGCACUACAUUUUCCUGUUUCCUGACAUUUGAAGUUUUAAUCCACACAUGAUUACACUGUACAAGUUGAGCUUUUUCAGAGAAGCUAAUACAAGUGAGAGCACCUUACAUUACUUUC